UGUGUUUUUGUUACACGGGCUACCCACAGCAGUAGUACAGAAAUUCGCGGCACCCGGCUUUUGUUUCUCGAAUCGAAGUUCUAAAACCUCUCUUUCUCUCGUAAAAGGGAGAAGAAUUUAAAAAGUAAAAAAGAAAAGAAAAGGAGGGUGCUUCGCAUUGUAGCUGAGAUAGGAGAGAAAAUCAAGUCCUUCUUCCGGGGGUACUACUUGGCUCAUAAAACAUGUCUGGCAAUAAGGUGAAGCUACUCUGCAGCUUUGGGGGUAACCUCUUUUGCCAUCCCGCCAAUGCGAAGGUUCUCUAUAUGGGCGGAAAUACCCGAAUGGUUGUCAUGGACCGCUGUGUGAGUUUUUCUACCCUCCUGUUGAAGAUGUCUGAGAUUUGCAACUCCAAACCAAGCUGUGUCAAAGUGAAAUUCCAGUUUCCCGGCACAACUCUAGAUUCACCUCUUGUGUCUGUUGAAUGUGAUGAGGAUGUAAGAAAUAUGAUGGAUGAGUCUGACAGCAGCAACAAGAUUUCACUCUUCCUUUUCAUCGAGCAAGGCGAGGAACCUGUCGUAAUCACUGGAGAGGAUGCUACUUUAACUCCUGCCCAUGUGUCUACGGAUAGCGGACCAAGUUCAUUGCUACAAUUGGCUGACGGGGAUCAAAUUCUCCCACAUUUUCAAGAGUUAGCAAAUGUCCAGAACUCCGGCACUGCAUCAUCUGGAGGGGAAGCUACUGCAGCGGAUGCCCAAAUAGUUGAUGGUGAGAGUGGUCCAAGCACACCCAUGGUUAGAAGGGAUCAGCCUUUCGCAGUUGGUCAAGCAUUCGCUGAUGCCGAUAGUUUCCGUCGUGCAUUAAGGGAUUAUGCCAUUGCUAAUAAAGUUGCUCUCCGGAUGGUCAAUGUUUGUCGCGAGCGCGUCACAGCAAAGUGCCUUGGAGAAGGUUGUUCUUGGCGUAUCCAUGCAUCUCAGCUCCGUCGUGACCUCGAUGCAUUUAAGGUGAAGACCUUUCGCUCUGAGCAUUCUUGUGGUGGACAUAGUGGCGGUAGACAUCCGCAAGUGAGUUCCUCAUGGGUUGCAAGUCGCAUUGAGGACUGGGUACGAGAUAAUAAUGAUUACAAACCGAUGGAUAUAGUGAGAGACAUCGAACGGGAACAUGGAGUCACUAUAAAGUAUUGCGUGGCCUAUAAGGCGAAGUGGAAGGCCUUGAAGCGGAUCUAUAGUUCUGAUGAAAACAUGAUGGAGAUCCUCAACACCCCCCGGCCACCUGGGCGGCCGAAAAAGACUUGUAUCGAGAAACCCAGAGAAGUCCUUCCCUUGCAUUGCGGUCGGUGCAAUCAGAUCGGACACAACAGGAAAACUUGCAAAGCUCCACUGUAAUUUGCUGUUUGUUGCCACAUGUGGUUCUUUCAAUCUCUCUUAUUUCAUCCUAGUUAAGAUAUGUGUGGUCUUAUGUUGCAGGUAGAAAGAGUGAAGCUCUGUGAGCUCUGUUGAAGGGGUAAUUGGACACUUACUGCUAACUUUUCUGUUGUAUAUUUGCUCAAUCUCACUGUGACUCCA